UAACUUAUUGUGGUGGUAUGUUUAUGCCUUUUAAGGCUCCAGUUAACAUAGCAUGCUCUUCUUAGGGUUAUAAUCUAAUUGUUCAUCAUUUGUUUCUGGUUUAUAUUGCUUACGUUUCUUUCUCUCUUUCUUUUUUUACAUGCUGGCUUGGGUCACCCUUGGUAGAGCACAGUUAAACUUUGGGGAACCUGAUGGUGCCAUUGAAAGUUUUGAUAAGAGCAUUGGCAGUCAAGGUACAUAUUGAAAGGUUGUCAUUUUUAAAUUCCCCAACAGUUUUGCUGCUGUUCCUUUUCCUUUAAUGGUUAUAUUCUUGAAACUCUGCCCUUUCUUAUUUUGGGGUGAGUUACUGCCCUGUUCCACUGGCUGAGUAAUUGAAUUAUGGGUGCAGUGGUAGGAAAUUAAAUCACCAGGAAUGGUAAGUUGCAAUAGAUAAUUUUGAAAGAAGUAUAUUUUCUUUGGGGUAAGAGAAAUUAAUAAUGGUUUAAAUCAGAAGCUGAAACAUCUUGAAACAGUUUGUGUUUUAGAAAAUUAAGCAGACUAUCUGAAUUGUUUGAUACUUUGUUUGAGAUUUUGUUAUAGUUAAUGUCUCAAUGCAACUUAAGCCAUAGUAAGGAAAAAGUACCUUCUGAGUGCUCAAAAAGUCUGAAGCUUAGUCGGUGCUUUUCAAUAUAUAUAUAUUUUCUACUUUAAUAUUUUAAGUACCCUUGACUUGAAGCCUGAUUCCAUGGAGGCUCAAGAUUGUAGAAAAACGGCAUUACAGCUUGUGAAGAGGAGAAAGUAGCUUCAUUCAUCUGGCUUGCGUACCACUAAAAGCCGUUACAUAGUUGGUGAUGAAGAAACCUCUUGAAGGAACAUGAAGAGCAAUCAGGGCAGAUUGUUUUUGUCUUCAUGUAUGAUUUCAAAAUAUUGUUUGUGGCAGGAGCACAAAAGAAUAUUUGAAUCAUGAAGAGAGCUGAUAUGGUAAUCCACAAUAACAGUCAUCAUGUGACUGUGAGAGCGUUCGCAGCACAUGUUAGACACUUUUGUUGUAAAGGUUCGAAAUUUCUAAUGGAGGAAAGUAUUAAUGAUAAACCUAUAUGUUUGAAAGAUGUGUCUGUAACAUGUUAUUUAUGUUAAUACAAUAGAGGUAAACUA